UUCGUAUAUAUUUAUAUAYAGAAAAAAUGUUAUUAAAGCCGUUUGUGCUAUUUAUCGUGUGCCUGUGUCUGGCUCCUCAGGAGAGCCAAGCGGAUUUAUCAUUUAUCUUUGGAAAUAUUUCGCUAUUUAAUUUCAACUUUAAGACGCCAAAACUGCUGGGGCGCUCCAUAACUGUAAACAGUAAUGUGAAAAUUGAUAGCGAUGUGGACCCCAAUAUACAAGAAGAUUCGCAUUUGAGUACGUAUAAUCUUAUUAAGAAAUAUGGCUAUCCGGCUGAGAAUCACAGUGUGACAACUGAUGAUGGUUAUAUUUUAACACUGCAUCGCAUUGCCCGCCAUGGAGCAACGCCAGUUCUGCUAGUUCAUGGACUUUUGGAUAGCUCAGCCACCUGGGUGAUGAUGGGUCCCAACAAGGGUCUAGGUUAUUUGCUAUAUGAGCAGGGCUAUGAUGUCUGGAUGGCCAAUGUGCGCGGCAAUACGUAUUCCAGGAAGCAUGUGAAGUACACACAUUCGCAAGCCAAGUACUGGGACUUCACAUUCCAUGAAAUGGGCGUGUACGAUAUACCCAAGACAAUCGAUUAUAUACUGGAUACGACGAGCUUUAAGCAAUUGCAUUACAUCGGCCACUCUCAGGGCACCGUUGUCUUCUGGAUCAUGGGCAGCGAGAAACCCGAGUAUAUGGACAAGAUUCUCUUUAUGCAGGCUCUGGCGCCAGUUGCCUACCUAAAGCACUGCAAGAGUCCGGUCGUCAAUUUCCUGGCCGAGUUUCAUACGUCGGUGAGCUUUGUUCUCCGGCUGAUUGGUGUUCAUGAGUUUUUGCCCAAAAACGAGUUCAUUGUGAUGUUCAAUCAGCUGAUCUGCGAUGAGACAACCAUAACCAAAGAGAUCUGCUCCAAUGUGAUCUUCCUGACCACCGGCUUUGACAAGCUGCAGCUGAAUGAGACAAUGUUGCCCGUUGUGGUCGGCCAUGCUCCGGCUGGCGCUUCCACCAAGCAGAUGCAGCACUUUGGCCAGGUGCGCAGAUCCGGUGAAUUCCGGCAGUUCGACUACGGCUGGCUGAGGAAUCAUUGGCGCUACAACAACAUCACCCCACCUGCAUACAAGUUGGAGAAUGUCAAGGCCAAGGUGGCCCUGUACUACAGCCAAAACGAUUGGCUGGCCCAGCCAGCGGAUGUGCAAUCGCUGCGCCGCCGGCUGCCCAAUGUAGUCCAUCAUUAUUUGGUGGACUAUCCCGAGUUCAAUCAUCUCGACUUUAUCUGGGGCGUCGAUGCCCGCGAGCUGCUGUGGGAUUCUAUGCUGAAGCAAAUGCGCGCAAAUGAAAUAGAUAAUAAUAUAGAUACGACAAAUUGAUAAUAUAAGAACUAAAAUUAAUAUCGAUUUAGUACGAGUCCUAUAUAUACUUACAGUAUGAGCACAAUACAAUAGCUAUUGGCCA